GUCACUGAUCACUACUGUCACUUUGGACUUCACUUCAAUUCAAUUUCAAUCAAUAUUCAGUAGUUUAGUUAGUUACUAUCACAAGUUAUCACUAUGUCAUGUCAGUGUAAUUAGUAAUAAGUAAUCAAUCUUCAAAUAAAAAUCACUCAAGUACAUUUUUUUAGUCAUGAAGUCUAAUAAUCUAGGCCUAUUCUAUGGGGCAUCGGCAUUAACUUAAAAUUAUUAAAGGCUUUAAUGAUCAGAUUACCUACUUUGAUUUUCAACUAUUUUAGAAAUUUAAUGAACAACUUUUUAUCAUGAAUAAAAUCGUGAAAUUUAACAACCAGACCGCUGGUAGGGAUAAACUUGCCAGAUUAUUGCAAUAUGCCAGUCGAGUCACUUGGUAUUACAUGCAUCAAUUGAAUGCAAGUCAUAAAUCAAUUGAUGCAAUCAAGAGCUUAGAAUUUACACUGAGCACCUUUCGGAAACUUUUGAGGAUGGGAAGAUUCCUGGACACACUGUAUAGUGCUCUAGCUGCAAUGCACUACGCAGAGGCUGUGGUCCGCUACACCUCCACGUUCUCAAAGAUCGCUCACGCAGUGUACUUGUUCUGUGACCAUCUGUUGUGGCUGGCCAGAGCCGGCUUUGCCGAUCUCAACACAGACAAGUGGGUCCAAAGGGCGAACAAAUGCUGGUUGUACUCCAUUACCAUGAACUUAGUUAGGGACGUGUAUGAGAUAAACCGUCUUUUGGAAGCCAACAAGGCGAAAAGCCAACGCAAAGCUUCGGUUAGUUUGACGAAACUUGCUCUGCAAAAUAAAGACUUGGUGGUGGACACUUUGAAGAAUGGCUGUGACUUUUUCAUACCCUUGACAGCAUUAGGGUAUGUAAGACUGAGCCCCGGUACAGUAGGGAUGCUAGGAGUGGUGUCAUCGGUAGCUGGUAUCCUAACAAUUGUUAAUCCAAUGUACAAGUUGUGCCCUCCUUGAAGACACUCGGGCCUCCAAAACAAUUCUGAGGGGCCUUCUAACUGUUAUGUAUUUUUGGAUGUUGUUUUUGUCGGAUUCAUCUGCGUUUUUAUCCAUUUCUGCAAAUGGUUUGACUUCGGUUUUGUGAUGUGAAGUAACUAUAAGUUCAUUGUGAAUUAUGACAAAAGUUUGUAAGAUAAAGGUUAAAUACCAACAUAACAUUAUGUAUAGUUUUAGAACAUGUUGAUAGUAUAAGAAUUAAGCAGCAUUUUCUCACUCUUGUUACCAAAAAUUUAAAAUAUUGGUGUAUUGAAGUAUUGAAUUGGGUAGAUCUUGUAAUAUUUAGGACUUUAGAGGUUUGGACACAAAUUAUUUGACCAACUAUUUUUAGACUAUUGUGUAAUCUAGUUUAAAAGUGCAUUGAAGAAAGUAAAAGCUAAAGUACUGUCUUGCUUCAUUCCAAGAACAAUUUUUUGGCAGCCAGGUUGUACCAUAUAAAAUGUAAACUAUUUGAUACUGUACGUAAAUAACAACCGGAAGUGUAUUCUAUAUUAGCAGAUUGUUUGGAACAACUGUGUUUUGAACAGGGUUACAACUAUACUUGCAUCUUAGUGCAGGCUUCACUAUUUUAUUGUUAACGUUUUUGUUAAACUUUGUUAUUUAUUUUUACUCUAUAAUCAAUAAAACAUAAUCUUCUGAAAGUAUUU